GGGCCCGGCGCUGGGUUAAUGCAAUCGGCGCGUUACCUGGGGCGCAGGCUACAUUACCAGCCCGGCCCCCGCCCCGAGCGGCAGAACCAGCCAGCCCGCGCCCGCCGGCCGCCCCGCGCCUCCAGCGCUCCUCCCGCAGCACCCGAGCGCCACGCGGCGGAGCCCAGCCCCAACCCGCGCCCCACAGCGGCCGGAGGCGAGGCGGGUCCCGGACAGGCCGGGCACCAGGCACCCACGAUCCCGUCGCUGCCCAACACUGCCUCGGCCAACUCCCGGUACCGUUGACGUCCCUCUCUCCUGCCGCACCCAUGCUUCUGGCGCGGAUGAACCCGCAGGUGCAGCCGGAGAACAGCGGGGAGGACCCCGGUCCCGAGCUGUCCCUGUCGGCGCGCAAAGGAGCUGAACUGUUGGUGGUAAAAGAGCGCAACGGCGUCCAGUGCCUCCUGGCGUCCCGCAGCGGCGAUGAGCGCCCCCGGGAGACCUGGGGCAAGAAGAUAGACUUUCUGCUGUCUGUGGUGGGCUUCGCGGUGGACUUGGCCAAUGUGUGGCGCUUCCCCUACCUCUGCUACAAGAACGGCGGCGGUGCCUUCCUGAUCCCAUACACACUGUUCCUUGUCAUCGCGGGAAUGCCCUUGUUCUACAUGGAGCUGGCUCUGGGCCAGUACAACCGCGAAGGGGCUGCCACGGUGUGGAAGAUCUGCCCAUUCUUCAAAGGAGUUGGCUAUGCUGUGAUCCUCAUUGCCAUCUACGUUGGCUUCUACUACAACGUCAUCAUCGCCUGGUCACUCUACUACCUCUUCUCCUCCUUCACCUUCAACCUGCCUUGGACUGACUGUGGCCAUGCCUGGAACAGCCUGAACUGCACCGACCCCAAGCUCCUCAACGGCUCUGUGCUGGGCAACCACACCAAGUACUCCAAGUACAAGUUCACCCCAGCAGCAGAGUUUUACGAGCGUGGCGUCCUGCACCUGCAUGAGAGCAGCGGGAUCCAUGACGUCGGCCUGCCCCAGUGGCAGCUCUUACUCUGUCUGAUGGUCGUCGUCAUCAUCCUGUUUUUUAGCCUCUGGAAAGGAGUGAAGACAUCUGGAAAGGUUGUGUGGAUCACGGCCACGCUGCCUUACCUCGUGCUGUUUGUGCUCCUGGUCCACGGCGUCACACUGCCCGGCGCCUCCAACGGCAUCAACGCCUACCUGCACAUCGACUUCUACCGCCUGAAAGAGGCCACGGUAUGGAUUGAUGCUGCAACUCAGAUUUUUUUUUCCUUGGGUGCUGGAUUUGGAGUCUUGAUUGCAUUUGCCAGUUACAACAAAUUUGACAACAACUGCUACAGGGAUGCCCUGCUCACCAGCACCAUCAACUGUGUCACCAGCUUCAUCUCGGGGUUCGCCAUCUUCUCCAUCCUCGGCUACAUGGCCCAUGAGCACAAAGUCAACAUUGAGGACGUUGCCACUGAAGGAGCUGGCCUAGUCUUCAUCCUGUACCCAGAAGCCAUUUCCACCCUGUCGGGAUCCACAUUCUGGGCUAUUGUGUUCUUCAUCAUGCUCCUGGCUCUAGGAAUUGACAGCUCAAUGGGAGGCAUGGAGGCGGUCAUCACAGGCCUGGCCGACGACUUCCAGGUCCUGAAGCGACACAGGAAGCUCUUCACCUUUGGAGUUACCUUUGGAACUUUCCUUCUGGCCCUAUUUUGCAUAACCAAGGGUGGGAUAUACGUGCUGACCCUGCUGGACACAUUUGCCGCGGGGACCUCCAUUCUUUUUGCUGUGCUCAUGGAAGCCAUUGGAGUGUCCUGGUUUUAUGGUGUGGACAGGUUCAGCAAUGACAUCCAGCAGAUGAUGGGGUUCAAGCCGGGCCUGUACUGGAGACUGUGCUGGAAGUUUGUCAGCCCUGCCUUCCUCCUGUUUGUGGUGGUGGUCAGCGUCAUCAGCUUCAAGCCGCUCACCUAUGAUGACUACAUCUUCCCACUGUGGGCCAACUGGGUGGGCUGGGGCAUCGCGCUCUCCUCCAUGGCCCUGGUGCCCAUCUACACCACCUACAAGUUCCUCAGCACGCGGGGCUCCAUUCGGGAGAGACUGGCCUAUGGCAUCACGCCGGAGAGUGAGCAUCACCUGGUGGCCCAGAGGGAUGUCAGGCAGUUCCAGCUGCAGCACUGGUUGGCCCUCUGAACCUGACCCCCAGGAGGGACCCUGCUGUGCCGAUGUCCAGGUCAAGUCACCACCACCCUGGACGCUGUCCUGGGAUUCCUCUCCUGGAGGCGUUCUUUCCUACCCUUCUUCCUCUUGUCCCAGUUACAAAUGCUGUGCUCCGGUUUUCAUUCACCUUCUGUU